GAUGUCAUCUCAACAUAAACAACAGCGUGAAGUGACAGGGCUACAGACUGCUUAGUGUGUAACCGCCGACACAGAAAAUAUGGCAAAGAAAGCGGAGGUGUCUGGUUACUAAUGGCUGUAUUUAUAUGAAAUCGACCCAAUUCUAAGCUCCAUCUUUAGAUCUUGAUCUGCUCCUACCAUGUCGUCACGCGUUUUGCUGCGCCAGCAGCUGAUGCGAGAACAAGCCCAGGAGCAGGAAAGACGUGAGGCCCAGCAGCAGGCCUCUGCCUCCCAGCUCCGGGCCUCUGUCCCCACGACAGCCAUCUCUGUCACUUUGCCUCCCAAUGCUGCUCGUCCUCCACCAGCACAGGUGCCUGUGGAGGUGCUAAAAGUCCAGACCCACUUGGAGAAUCCUACUAAGUACCACAUCCAACAGGCACAGAGGCAACAAGUCAAGCAGUAUCUCUCCACCACUCUGGGAAACAAGGCGAUCACUCAGUCUCUCGGCGUUUCCCCUGUGCACCAGUCUAGCUCGGCCCCUGAAGUCGGCCCCUCUGCCAGCAGCGCCCCCAACAGUCCUAUGGCUCUACUUAACAUCGGAUCCAACAAGGAGGAAAUUGAUGACGUGAUCGACGACAUCAUCAGUCUGGAAUCCAGCUUCAAUGACGACAUUAUUACAAUGAUCGAUUCAGGUCUCCAGCUGCCCAGCACGCUCCCGGGAACUCUGCUGGAUGUUUACAACAGCCCUGGAAUGGCAGGUCCUGCUCUCACUGUUAGCAACUCCUGCCCUGCUGACCUGCCACAGAUUAAAAGGGAAAUUACUGAUGCCGAUACCAAAGCAUUAUUGAAAGAAAGGCAAAAGAAAGACAACCAUAACCUCAUUGAGCGGAGGCGACGAUUCAACAUAAAUGAUCGAAUUAAAGAGCUGGGUACUCUGAUCCCCAAAUCAAGUGACCCAGAGAUGCGCUGGAAUAAAGGCACCAUUCUCAAAGCCUCUGUAGACUACAUCAGGAAACUACAGAAGGAACAACAGAGAGCCAAGGAUAUUGAAAUGCGCCAAAAGAAGUUGGAGCAGGCCAACCACAUUCUAAUGUUGCGCAUUCAGGAGCUAGAAAUGCAGGCACGGCUCCACGGAAUCCAAGCAUCCAACAAUAUUUCCUCAGGCCUGACUUCCGACGUCUCGCUGCAGCAUCAGCCAGAAGCUCCCCACAGUGGCCAGUCACUGCCCACAAACACAGCAGUGGCCUCCUCCCUGAACCUUUCCGGGCUGGGAGGCGCAGCGCAGCCGCUGCCGGCCUCCUUCCUUUCCCCGCCCUCCUCAGACUCCCCCGCCGGGGUCACCAUCAGCAGCCCGCUGGACCUCGGCAGCCUGAGCUUCGCCGAGCUGGACGACCCCACCGCCUCAGCACUGUACCCCGACGUCGGCCUGGGGGACAUCCUCAUGGAUGACGGGUGCACCCUGUCGCCAGACAGGAUGGGCGGGCCGCUGUUUUCACCUCUGUCACCAGGUGCCUCUAAAACCAGCAGCCGCAGGAGCAGCCUUGAAAUGGACGAGGACUUGUGAUGAGCUUCAAGUGACCGGAGACGGUCUGUAGGGAGGAAGCAUGUGAGGAAGGGCAGUCUAUCACUAAUUAUUAAAUCUAUUUAUAGGAUUGAACCUCAAAGUUCAGAUAAAUGAAAACAGCGUAACUUAAAAUGGAAUUAGAUUUGUCAUUAAAUAUAUUUUUGCCAUAUUUACCAUUGUUCCUAUUUGGAACUGAUCAAAUGAUUGUCUAAGUUUAUAAAUGCAAUCUUGUUAAAUGGAAUAUUGUAUAUUAGAGGCAUUGAGCUGUAGCAUUAAGAAAUGUAAAGUGCUUCAAUAUUUUUUAAAGAUUAAUUCAGAGAUUUAAUCGGGAGGUCUUUUUUUUUAUUACUAUUGUUAUUCCUAAAUUUAUUAUAGACUUAUAUAUUAUGAGAAAAGCUGUGAGGAUUUACUGGCAUCACAAACUUACUAAGAGAUGCCAACAUUCAGUAUAGUUUAAUUUAGUCUCUUUAACUGACUGGAAUCAGGGUUGGUCGCUCCUCCAUGUUGGUUUUUUCACCAGCAGCUACAGAAGGGAUCUUUUGUUAAGCAAAUUGGCACAUUGUGAAAUAUUUCUGCAUAUUGUAUAUAAGAGUAUUUUAUUUUGAGCAAUCUCCUUGCACCUUACUUUAAGGCAGUCUAUGCAUUUUAUGAGAGCUUUUUUUUUUUUGUUUUUUUUUGUACCAUUACAUCCAGUGGACUGUUUCUAGCCCAGGUUAGCAUGAUAAUAAAACCAUACAAGCAGCUACUUAGCCAAAGCAGGAUUUCUUCCAGAGUAGUUACAGUUCCACUCUUUACUACAUUCUCUUAGUGAACGCAUGAGUUUAUGAGAGAAGAAAUGUAUCAUUUUCCAACAGUACUGUAGUUUAUUAUACUUUUUUUUUUUUUUUUUUUUAUACCUGAUAGUUUGAUAAAUGCUUUUUCAUUACUAAUAUCUGUAUUGUCUUCCUAAAAUUUCUGUGAUUACUAAAUUAAUUUUACCAGUUGGCAUGUUUUACACAGAUUGUUUUAUUUUUGAAUGAUGGAAUCAUGCAUUAAUGUUCUUUCUAGUAUGGACUUCAGAGGGCCCCAGCUCUCUUUAAAAGAAACCACUAGCUUCACCUCAGAGUUUAAAAAAAAAGAAGAAAAAUUGAUGACUGAGUGGAUCCUGCAAAUCAGCUCUACAGGCACAAAAAUUAAAAUGCUUAACACAAUCUUGUAUGCAGUUCAUUGAUGUUUUGUUUUGUUUUUUUAUGCUGAUUUAGUUUUGUAUGUCCAUUAGGAGGUUACAGCAGCAAUACUCAUCUGUGUAUUGCUCAAAGUUUGGAAUGAUGAUGUUUAAGGUGUACAUUCAAAAUCUGGACCUGCUCUACACCAAACACCUCUGCCUUUUUAUUGUCUGUACAUGUUUUCUGCAAAUAUGCAAUAUUAUCCACCACAUGUCCUGGUAUGUUUGAGUGCUAAAAUAGACAGUUAAACACAAAAAUGUGUGUCUUGUCGCCAU